UGCGCAGAUUCGACGCGCACGCACUGGAACUUGUUUAACGUUUUUAUGUUUUUCACUGCACAACUUUGUAAAAUCAGCACACGACAUUUAACACAGCGCACAAUUAUUUCCGUGUGUCCUGCGGGAGGGGAAGGACACGUUCACAUUCAUCAGCACUGAGAAGGAAAAGAGCACCACAGUAGGAGUCCCGUUUGUUGUCCUAUUGAUUUGCCCCCACUUUUUGGAGUUUUUCGUUGUUCCUUUUCGGCAUCCACCGCCCCCGCUGCGCCCACGAAAGACAGCGGCACCUGUACAGGAUACACGUACACCCCGACCAAUGACCUGGCACCUGAAGCUAGGGAAUCGAUAGAAUUAGACCAAACCGACCAAGAUGCAGUCAAUGAAAGCCGAUGAACUGCCGGAGAAUCCGCGCGAGAAGUCCAACAUCUUCUCAUCUUUGAUGUUCUGCUUUGCCAUGCCCACUUUCUUCAAGGGACGCAAAAAGACACUGGAUGAGAAUGAUUUGUACCGCGCCUUACAGGAGCACAGAUCAGAUCACCUGGGCAGCAAGCUGAGCGCGGCGUGGGAGAAGGAGGUCGAAAAGAAGCGCAAAAAGAAGAAGACCCCCAGCCUGCUGAAGGCCUCGAUGAACGUGUUUGGCUGGCGCCUGGCCGGUCUAGGCCUGGUCCUCUUCAUCUUGGAGAUCGGUUUCCGAGUCACCCAGCCGCUGUUCCUGGGCGGUCUGGUGGCCUACUAUGCGGACGCGAGCAACCAGGAAGGCGAUAACCAGACGAAGGCAUACCUCUACGCCCUGGGCGUGAUCUUGACAAGCGCCUGCAACGUGCUCUUCAUGCAUCCCUACAUGCUGGGCAUGUUCCACAUCGGCAUGAAGGCCAGAAUAGCCAUGACAAGCAUGAUAUAUCGGAAGGCGCUGCGAUUGAGUCGAACGGCGCUGGGCGAUACCACAAUUGGUCAGGUGGUCAAUCUCAUCUCGAACGAUGUGGGCCGGCUGGACGUUUCGGUCAUCCACAUGAACUAUUUAUGGCUGGGUCCGGUGGAGAUUGGCAUUAUCACGUACCUCAUGUACAGGGAGAUUGGUAUCUCCGCCUUCUUCGGCGUGGCGGUGAUGUUGCUGUUUAUACCCCUGCAAGCCUAUCUGGGCAAGAAGACCUCCGUGCUGCGAUUGAAAACGGCUCUGCGGACGGAUGAGCGAGUGCGCAUGAUGAACGAGAUCAUUUCGGGCAUCCAGGUGAUCAAGAUGUAUGCGUGGGAAAUUCCCUUCAGCAAGAUGAUCAACUAUGUGCGCACCAAGGAGAUGAACGCCAUCCGCAAUGUGAACUACAUCCGAGGCACGCUGCAAAGCUUCAUCAUGUUCGUCACGAGGAUAUCGGUGUUUGUGAGCUUGGUUGGAUUCGUGCUGCUUGGAAAGCUUCUGACCGCCGAGAAGGCCUUCGUGAUCACCGCCUACUACAAUAUCCUGCGUAACACCAUGACCGUCUACUUCCCCAUGGGAAUAUCCCAGUUUGCCGAACUAUUGGUCUCGAUCCGCCGUAUCCAGACAUUCAUGCUGCACGAGGAGACAAAGGUGCGUGACAAGUCGGAGGACCUGGACGAGCAGAAGCUGGGCAAGGCGGGUCUAAUUGCUGAACCCACAGUGGCCCAGACCACUGGUGUCCUGAAGCCAAGCAGUCGUCGCACCAGCGAAGCGGAGCACAGUAUCGUCAUAAGCAAGCUAAAGGCCAAAUGGGAUCAGAAGAACACGGACAACACGUUGGAUAACAUUUCGCUAAAGUUCAAGCCGCGUCAACUUGUGGCCGUCAUUGGACCAGUGGGCUCUGGAAAAUCAAGCUUGAUUCAGGCUGUGCUGGGAGAACUGAAUCCGGAUUCUGGUUCGGUCAAAGUCAACGGAACUCUCUCGUACGCCUCCCAGGAGCCGUGGCUCUUCACCGGCACUGUUCGCCAGAACAUCCUCUUCGGACUGCCCAUGGAUAAGCAUCGCUACCGCACUGUGGUCAAAAGGUGUGCCCUGGAGCGGGACUUCGAGCUGUUGCCCUAUGCUGACAAGACUAUUGUGGGUGAGAGAGGAGCAUCUCUCUCCGGAGGACAGAAGGCGCGUAUAAGUUUGGCCAGAGCUGUUUACCGGAAGGCUGACAUCUACCUGUUGGACGAUCCCCUUAGUGCCGUGGAUACCCAUGUCGGACGUCAUCUGUUCGAUCAGUGUAUGCGUGGAUUCCUGCGCGAGGAAAUCGUACUGCUUGUGACCCAUCAACUGCAGUUCCUAGAACAGGCCGACGUUAUUGUGAUCAUGGACAAGGGCAAGAUCAGCGCUAUGGGCACCUACGAGUCCAUGGCCAAGAGCGGUUUGGACUUCGCCCAAAUGCUGACGGAUCCCAGCAAGAAGGAUGAGGGUGCCGGUGAUGCCCCGGACAAGAAGAGCCUCUCGAGGCAGAACAGUAAAUUGCGCGACCGACACGGUAGCAUCUCCUCCAUGGAAUCUGCUGCCGAAUCCUUGGCGGCGGAGUCACCCAUGCAGACGCAGGAAGGUCGCGUCGAGGGGCGCAUAGGAAUGAAGCUCUACAAAAAGUACUUUGGAGCGAAUGGCUACGGACUGUUUAUCGUAUUUGCGUUCUUCUGCAUUGGUGCCCAGGUGCUGGCCUCUGGUGGUGAUAUCUUCUUGUCCUACUGGGUGAACAAAAAUGGUGAAGCUGAGCGUGAUACCUUUAUGGCCAGAUUGAGACGCGCCUUCCCCGAAACCCGCAUCAAUGCCGAUACCGAUCCUGUUGACAUCUACUACUUCACCGGCAUCAAUGUGUCUGUGAUCAUCUUCUCGCUGGUGCGGAGCAUGCUCUUCUUCUACCUGGCAAUGCGCAGUUCGACGACCCUGCACAACACCAUGUUCCAAGGUGUGACCCGAGCGGCGAUGCAUUUCUUCAACACCAAUCCCUCCGGACGCAUCCUCAAUCGCUUCUCCAAGGACUUGGGUCAAGUGGACGAGAUUCUUCCCUCCGUGAUGAUGGACGUGAUGCAGAUCUUCCUCGCAAUCGUGGGCAUCGUAGUCGUCCUAUGUAUCAUUAACGUUUGGUACAUCCUCGCCACGGUGUUCCUUGUGAUCGUUUUCUACCUCCUGCGCGUCUUCUAUCUGAGCACAUCCCGUGACGUGAAGCGACUCGAAGCUGUCACACGCUCCCCCAUUUACUCCCACUUGAGUGCUUCCCUUAAUGGCCUGGCCACCAUCCGAGCAUUUGGAGCGCAGAAGGAACUGAUUGCCGAAUUCGACAACUACCAGGAUAUGCACAGCUCUGGCUACUAUAUGUUCCUUGCCACGAGUCGAGCCUUUGGAUACUGGCUCGACUGCGUUUGUGUUGUCUACAUCGCUGUAAUCACAUUGAGCUUCUUCCUCUUCUCCCCGGAGAACGGAGGUGACGUCGGUCUUGCUAUUACCCAAGCCAUGGGCAUGACCGGUAUGGUCCAGUGGGGAAUGAGACAAUCGGCCGAGCUGGAAAACACAAUGACGGCAGUGGAGAGAGUGGUGGAAUAUGAGGAUCUUGAACCGGAGGGUGACUUCGAAUCCAAGCCAAAUAAAAAGCCGCCAAAGGAUUGGCCAGAGGAUGGAAAGAUCGUGUUCGACGACCUCUCGCUGAAGUACUUCCCCGACAAGGCGGCCGACUACGUGCUCCGAUCCCUGAACAUCGCUAUCGAGGGUUGCGAAAAGGUGGGCAUUGUGGGACGAACUGGUGCCGGCAAAUCUUCGCUGAUCAACGCUCUGUUCCGUCUGUCCUACAACGAGGGAGCCAUCCUGAUCGACAGGCGCGACACCAACGACCUGGGACUGCACGAUCUGCGCAGCAAGAUCUCCAUUAUUCCUCAGGAACCGGUGCUGUUCUCGGGCACCAUGCGUUACAAUCUGGAUCCCUUCGACGAGUAUAGCGACGCCAAGCUGUGGGAGUCUCUGGAGGAGGUUAAGCUUAAGCAAGUGGUGGCUGAUCUUCCCAGUGGUUUGCAGAGCAAGAUAUCCGAAGGCGGCACCAACUUCAGCGUGGGACAGCGACAGCUGGUGUGCCUAGCUAGGGCCAUUCUCCGAGAGAAUCGCAUUUUGGUGAUGGACGAGGCAACGGCUAACGUCGAUCCGCAGACGGAUGCUCUUAUCCAGACGACGAUUAGGAACAAAUUCAAGGACUGCACGGUGCUCACGAUUGCCCAUCGAUUGCAUACGGUUAUGGACUCGGACAAGGUGCUAGUAAUGGACGCAGGAAAGGCGGUGGAGUUCGGAUCUCCGUUCGAGCUGCUCACAACCAGCGAGAAGAAGGUCUUCCACAGCAUGGUGAAGCAGACGGGAGACUCCACUUUCGAUGCCCUGCUGAAGGUUGCCCAAAAGGUGGGAUUGCGUUUUAAGAUUCAAUGUAACUUGUCCACAUGCCUAAGCUCUUUGUCUUCCUUUCAGGCCCAUGAUGACAACCUGCGGCUCAAGAAGGAUUCUUGACAUUUCGCCGUUCCGAAGGCUUUUAAAGACUACAUACUUAAGAUACUGGAACCAAUUACGAAUCAUCCGGCGGCCAAUGCGGGCAUUCAGAAGACCUUCCUCUUUGCGGAGGCCUCCAAGCAGAAGUUGUUAGGAUAGCAAGCCAUCAGCGGCGCCAGCAGACAUCCCCACUGAGCUGCCGCUGAGAAACUUUUUACAAGACGUGUACAAAUCAAAAUAAUAGUUAGUCAGGUGUAUAAAACUAGGAAACUGAUGAGAAAUCAAACAGCAAGACAAUAAGCUGAUGUUAGAGGAGCGUAGGGACUAAAUGUUUUUGUACCUUAAAAAAAAGAAAGAUUGAUAUAAACUGCAAAUUGUGCAAUAAUUAAUUUUAGCUGAACUUUGUGCAUUGGCCUUCAAAAGGUCGCAUUGCAUUUGUAUUAUGUGUUCCAGUAAAACGACAAUAACAACCUUAAAGAAAAAAAAAACCCAAUGAAAAGCCCCAAAAAAAGAAAAAACUAAAAGAGAAUUCUAUGAAAUGUUACGCCUAGUAUAAAUAUAUGAGUGUUUUUAUAGUAAUUUAUUAAUGUACAGGUAUACAAUAAAUGUAACAGCUCGGUUGGUUCUUUUGUUAAAACGUUUUUAUUUGUUUUAUUUCAUUAUAACGAUUUAGCGACUUACAUUAGCCUGCUAUAUACACUAAGAGAUUGUACGCAUUUAACUCAAAAGUAUCUUCCAUUAGCUGCAAAGCCCUCACUAUAAUUAUUGUAAAUAAUGGCUAAAAGCGGAUAUAGUAACUCAUAUUUAGUUGAUGUUGUAUUAUGUUAGAUGAUGUUGUAUGUUAGAGUUGGCUUAGCUUUAUUUGCCUCUGCACUAAAUUGCAGUUCAGCAUGUGCUACAUGGAAUAUAGAUAGGUGGCCUGCCCCGCGCAUCCUACAGGACCAGCGACAGCCACGCGGCCAUCAGGCAGAAUCCUCCGACGGUCGCGUACGGUUGCAGACGCUUCUCGCCAGUCAAAGCGCGGUAGUACAUGCAGCCGCUGAAAAGCAUCAUGCCCGUAAUCAUCAAAGUGCCAGUCUGCGGGAGGAAAUAAACCAAUUACUUUAAGUAACCACAGUCAUUUGGGCCUGUUCCAAGCCCCACUGUUCUCGAAAUCUAUAUGAAAAGCUAAGCACGACUAUUGUAAUUAAACGAUUUUAGGAUGCAAAGAAUUUAUAGCAUUUAAAUGUUUAGUCAGGAAUCAAGAUAUACAUAUGUAAGAAAUUCCAAAUUGCAAAUAGUUUACCCAAAAUUUAAGUCACAUUGUUAUCUAAAUGCAUUUACAUUUCUUAAUCAGAAAACUCUAAAACGGAACAGGCCCUAUAGUUUAUAGUCUAGGAGUAGAAGUUUGCGAAGAUGGCCAGCGUUUUGAGUGCAUAUUUGGUGUUAGCUUUAGUUGUUAGCUUUAAAACGUCGACAAAACGGAGCUCGAUAAAGCCCAGAUUUUACUUAUUAAAUAAGGCUGAUGACAACAAAUACCAAUUACAAGAUAACAGCAAAAACGAGAAAAUCUAUGCCUUUUUGGUACAUUUUUAACAUACGAUUGUAAUUAUGAAGAGAGUAAAUCAACAAAUUCCUACCCAAAACCCCGAACCCAUAUCAGCUAUGAACCUGCUCAUAUCACAAACCUAAGAGUUAUCCGAAUUAACGCAAUUAUUAUACAAGUAUCGUGUGUGGUAUUGAAAAUUACUUUGUAAGCUGCAAUUAGUGGUUGUUGAACAUUUAGCUUUAGCUUUGGAAACAUUUCAUAUACAACAUAAAUAUACAUAUGCAUACCUAUAUUAUAAAGAAGUAACUUGGAGAAAGCGCUUGGCUCAAAUCAAUAUUCAUUCAUAGCUCAAUUUUGUAAUGUCAAUCAGCGCAUUAGACUAGCUAAGCAGAGAGUCAAUUAUUCGAGUAUCAAUGUUGGAGUUUCGAUUCGAGAGUAACGCGAGUUGUUAUAAAUUCCGUUCAGAGAUCUAACUUUACACAGAGUUUAUGUAAAUGACAAACCAACAAAGAAAGCUUUACAAAUAAACCAAAUACACGACCGAGA